GCUUUGUUGACGGACUCCAUCUUGAACGCUAGCAUACGGCAGUACGGGAGAAAUACCGAGGACACCACCGAUUUUCUCCGGGUUGUACCAAUGCACGCGAGUGAUGGUUCCGCAUUCGUAACGUUCAUCAGGUGGUCAACAGUGCAGGCAUAUUUCAAUUAAAACGUGCAAAAAAUACAAUACAUUUUAUAUAUCUAUAUAUAGAAAUCUCGACAGUGUUUUCACAUAUCUGGAUUUGAGUUGCUUUUAAAUAGACAUUAUCUAUUAUCUGUUGUCGCGUUUACAUAGCUUGAAAAGUAUUGCGAUUGUAGCACAGCAGUGUUUAAGUUUCUAGCUGACACUUGGGUUGUUGUUUUUUUUUUCCAUUUGGGGAAUGCCUGACUGUUUUAAUACUUCAUUAUCUGGAGUAGUUUUUAUUAGACGACCCCUUUAAUGACCCCAAAGAAUUUAGUCAACUUCUACAGCGUUUUUCAAUCCAGUUAUAUCAUUCAUCAUAUGCCUUACAUGUCCACUAUACAAGAGUGGUGUUUAUGAGAUGACUCCUUUAGGAGUCUAGUGUUGUGCAGUUACAAGGAUUUUUACAUAUGCCUCUCUACUGAGAAAAGAAUGAAAAAUCGGAUUACUCAAACACUAAGUUAUAAUAGAAGUCUAAGAACAGUUGUUAGACGUGUGUAAAACAUGUUUGUUUUUAUUUUUUUUAUUUUAGAACUGUCCUGGUGUUGUCAUAAUAAUUUGUGAAUUAAACUGUAACUACAUAAGAACAGCUUUGGUAAGACCUUUUUAAACUGCCCCACAUUUGACACUUUUAAGCAAUUAUUGAUGGAAUUUAACAUCUGCCCUUAGAUGUCCAUUAUAGCUGAGUUUAGAAACAGGUUUUCUGUUCACUUUUUAGUACUGGGAAACGUUUAAUACUUUUAAAAUACUUUUUAGUACUAUCCUUGAUGACUUGUCCUCAUGACUCGGAGUUACAUAACACCUAUGUUAUGAAAGUGGACACUUGCAGUACAAAGGGAAGAGGGUACAAUGAUGAGAUUUAUUCAUAUUGCCUGUUUAGGUAGUAUGCUUACUAACUGGUUUGCUAAUCUAGGUAGGUGAGUAAGCUAUUAGUUUAGACUAGCGGAAUGAAGUAAUAAACUUAGUCAGAUAUCAAGUACAGAUGGAGGAGUUAAUUAAUUCAUCUUCAGUAAGUGUUUUAUCCUUGUCAGGGUGACAGUGGAUCCAGAGACUAUACCAGGAACACAAGGAGCGAGGCAGGAAUUCACCCAUGGUUACAUAAAAAAAACAAUCUUAAAGCAGAAAUAGCUUUUUAUGGUUAUAAGCUGCUGUACAAUCUACUUUCUGCUGGGUAAAAUAGGACUUAUGUUCUGGUUAAGUUUGGCUUCCUGGUGUUGACUUGACCCCUCAGGCCUCCAAAGGUCAUACAAAAAUAAAUAAAUAAAUAAAUAAAUAAAAACCCUCCCUUGAUGUAAUAAACCCUUUAACCUGGUACAAGGGAUUUUCCAAAUGGGAAAUAGCUUUGCAGAGCAGAACUGUUCAGGAUUAAUGUAAACAAAAGCAAUUAAAAAAAAACAUUUGUUUUAUUCUCAAAUUGGGGUUUUAAGUAGGCAGCUACUCCAUAUAUGUAUACGUGACAUCUGAGGUAAACUCUUUGGGUUACUGUUUUGUGCUAGCUUUUUUUUUUAUUUAUCACUUUAGCUAGUUACCAUGAUAGUUCAAAGAAAUAGUCUACACCCUAAAAACCACAAAGAAAAUUGUUUUGAAAUGAAGUGUGUAAUGAUACAUUGUGACUUGAAACAUCGCGAUGCAAAAAUGUUUAAUCCACAUCAUGGAAAUUAGCAUUGUAUUAAUUAUGCAUGUAAUGCAGUUGCACUGUUUACACAAUCUGCACAACCCAUAUAGCUAAAAUAUAAAGAGAACACACUGGUCAGAUGAUCACGAUCUUUCAUGGAGAGACCCUUGCACGAGACAUUUAUACGACCACAUUCUAACAGUUAAAAAUAGCUCUUCAUUAGCUAUCAAACAAUACCAGUAGCCAAGGAAAACGGCCAUUUUAGCCGACUUUGGAGCUCUAUUUCUGCUGUGGAGCUCAUUAUGUUUCAGCCAGUCAUUUUCAAAGUCCCAUGGACAGACACUGGUUAUUCAGUCAAUUUUUGGGGAGAAUUUUAUUUAUUUAUUUAUUUAUUUUAAAUAUGGUGAACCUUUAGUAAAUGAAAAAAAUAUUAAUCCUCUGUUUAUAGCCGUUUUUUAUUUAUUUAGUUUUAUACAGAGGAAAAUGUGUAUUGUUUUGUAUUACUUGUGAUUCAGAAAUAAGUCUUUCCAGUCGUAAUUUUUCUUCAUUCAAUUUGUGUUGAAAAUAUUCUGAGAAUUGAAUCAAAUAUUGAAGACAAUAUUGUAAAUUGAAUUGAAUCGUGAUCGGAGUGUAACCUUACACCUCUACUUUAAAUACAUUCUUAUUGCCAAGUGUAAGUACGCUUGCUCUGAGAAUCAGUCAAACCCUCCUCUUUUUGUGCUGCAAGUGACCACUCGCAUAACAUAAUUGAGCUGCAUAUCAAACUGCAGAGGGAGUGCUGAAAGCAGUACUUAAUUUUGGGCACAUAAUUGAAAACAGCUAUAAUGAUAAUAAAUAACACAUUAAAAACUUGGAGUGAAAGAAGAAUUGUGAUUUUUAUUUGUCUUAAGACUGUCAUGAAGUGGCCUAUACUCUAUGGCAUUAGAAUUAGGCUAAGACAAGAACUCACCACAAGAUGUCAGUGUAAAACAAAUGAAAUAUGGAGAAUAGUCUGAUUGCACUAGGCUAUAACUUAACCCUAACAUCUCCAAUGACUUCUCUUUCCUUUUAAAGUAAGUUUGUGAAACAAAAUAUGAAAGUAAAAUAUCAAAUACAUUUAAAUAUAUUUAGAAGAUUGAAAACUACAUGGUAAAUUUAUAUGCUUAUGUUGUGUAACUAUGUUAUUAAUGAACUACAGUUCCAGCAGGAUAUCUUUUGUUGGUUUGUAGAGAGUAUGGUUGAGGGUCAAUACCUGUAAAAAUGACAUGACAAAUUGUCCGACCCAGAGGCAAAAGAGCUCCUGAUGAAAAGCACACAACCCUCACCCCUCAAAAUAAGAGGAGGCAGUAAUAUGGGGAGUAUUUUCUUAAAUGUAAUUCUUCUUAUUUUUAAUUAGUCAAAUUUCUGAAUUUUUAACCCACUGUCUCUUUAAUGACCCUACUUACCCUCCUACUUGGACGCCUGUGUCUACUUACAGUUCAAGACCCUCCCAUUUGGAGAUCCGCGGUCUGCAGAGAUACAUCGGCUACUUGGCAGGGAAAUCAUGAAACAGAUUUUUUUGUAUGUUAGGCCUCUGAAUAUAUUGCAGGGUUUCCACACAGUCCUAAAUUAUUAAUGUGUAUAAGCCUGGCGUAUAGCCUAUUAAUGAUCAUUUUAUAAUAUGAGAUCAACCAUAAUUAAACAAUAAUUGUGAUGAACAGUGUAUCAGUGAGAUUAUUUAGAAAGGGGAAGCCUCUUUUUUGGUCAGUGAGGGCUGAAAUAGGUCACUGCCAACCCGGAUUAAUAUUGGCGGAUUAUCACUGGGUUGACUGUUAGCCUGCCUGUUAGAGCAGGUGAAUCAUGCAUGUAGACUAAAAUUUCCACAUGGGCUAUUCCUCCUGCUUACUUUACAGAAUGUGGCAAACUAAUGUCAUCCUUUGGUUACGUAUGAGCACCAGGUGAAUGGCGUUUAUAUCUUGGAGACCAGGGCGCAGAGGGGCAAGCUAUGCUAUCAGCACACGGGCCCCUUCCUCUGGCGACGCUCCUCCCCUUUGGUCAGAAAGCCCCUCCCUCUCCAGACAGUCACUCCCCCAGUCUGGUGCUCUGUCCUGGCAAGCUGCAAUCACUGCGGCGAGAAACGCCAGGGCCGACGGCACCCAGACCAUAAGUACGUCGGACAGUGCUCCAGUAGGCUCGCUGUCGCAGAGGAAGAGGCAGCAGUAUGCCAAGAGCAAGAAGCAGGGUAGCUCCACCAAUAGCAGGCCUCCACGGGCACUCUUCUGCCUCACCCUCAACAACCCGAUACGCAGGGCCUGCAUCAGCCUGGUGGAGUGGAAACCCUUUGAUAUCUUUAUAUUGCUGUCUAUUUUUGCCAACUGCGUGGCCUUAGCUGUUUACAUCCCCUUCCCUGAAGACGAUUCCAAUUCAACUAAUCAUGACCUGGAGACAGUAGAAUAUGCCUUCCUGAUCAUUUUUACUAUUGAGACCUUUCUGAAGAUCAUAGCCUACGGACUGGUAAUGCACCAGAACUCUUACGUUAGAAACGGCUGGAACAUGCUGGAUUUCAUUAUAGUCAUAGUGGGGCUGUUCAGCGUGGUUCUGGAGCUGAUGACCAAAGAGGGAGAUUCAGGUCAGUCCGGAGGGAAGCCGGGCGGCUUUGAUGUCAAAGCUCUGCGAGCGUUCCGCGUGCUCCGACCGCUCCGGCUCGUCUCAGGAGUACCCAGUUUACAGGUUGUGCUGAACUCCAUUAUUAAAGCCAUGGUUCCUCUGCUGCACAUUGCUCUGCUCGUGCUCUUCGUUAUCAUCAUCUAUGCGAUCAUUGGCCUGGAGCUCUUCAUUGGGAAGAUGCAUGCCACCUGUUACAUGAAUGGUACACGUACGUUAGCAGAGGAAGAGCCUACCCCCUGUACUCUGUCAGGUCAUGGACGCCACUGUUCUGUUAACGGUAGCACGUGUAGAGACGGCUGGCAGGGGCCCAACAAUGGCAUCACCAACUUUGACAACUUCCUGUUCGCAAUGCUGACUGUGUUCCAGUGCAUCACCAUGGAGGGCUGGACGGAAGUGCUGUAUUGGAUGAAUGAUGCCAUGGGUUUUGAGUUGCCAUGGGUCUACUUCGUCAGUCUGGUCAUCUUCGGUUCCUUCUUCGUCCUCAAUCUCGUUUUGGGUGUUCUUAGUGGAGAGUUCUCUAAGGAGCGUGAGAAAGCUAAGGCACGUGGAGAUUUCCAGAAGCUGCGAGAGAAGCAGCAGCUGGAGGAGGACCUGAAAGGCUACCUGGACUGGAUCACUCAGGCUGAGGAUAUCGACCCGGAGAAUGAUGAGGAUGGAGACCAAGAGGGAAAACGCAACCCGAGUAUGCCAACCAGUGAGACUGAGUCUGUUAACACAGACAGUCCAAAUGGAGAAGACGACAAGAUCUGCUGUUGUGGGCCAGUCUGUCAAAAAAUUACUAAGUCAAAGUUCAGCCGUAGCUGGCGACGCUGGAACAGAUUCUGUCGCAGGAAGUGCAGAGCAGCAGUGAAAUCUACCAGCUUCUACUGGCUGGUCAUUGUCCUGGUGUUCCUGAACACUCUCACCAUAUCCUCUGAACACUACAACCAACCUGUCUGGCUCACUGAAGUACAAGAUGUAGCCAAUAAGGUGUUGCUGGCCAUGUUCACCUGUGAGAUGCUGAUUAAGAUGUACAGCUUGGGUCUGCAGGCGUAUUUCGUGUCUCUGUUCAACCGCUUCGACUGUUUUGUGGUGUGCGGCGGCAUUGUGGAGACCAUCCUCGUCGAGCUGGAGAUCAUGUCGCCUCUCGGCAUCUCCGUAUUCCGUUGCGUCCGUCUGCUCCGCAUCUUUAAAGUCACCCGUCACUGGGCAUCUCUGAGUAACUUAGUUGCCUCUCUGCUGAACUCCAUGAAGUCCAUUGCCUCCUUGUUACUGCUGCUCUUCCUCUUCAUCAUCAUCUUCAGCCUGCUUGGCAUGCAGCUCUUUGGUGGCAAAUUCAACUUUGAUGAAACAAUGACCAAAAGGAGCAACUUUGACAACUUCCCUCAGGCCUUGCUCACUGUCUUUCAGAUCCUGACAGGUGAGGACUGGAACGCAGUGAUGUAUGAUGGGAUCAUGGCAUAUGGAGGCCCUUCCUCUUCAGGCAUGAUGGUGUGCAUCUACUUCAUCAUUCUUUUCAUCUGUGGAAACUACAUCCUGCUGAAUGUAUUCUUGGCCAUUGCCGUGGACAACCUGGCGGAUGCGGAGAGCCUGAACUCGGCACAGAAAGAACAAGAGGAGGAGAACAAGAGGAAGAAGAGAGCCAGAAGGAAAGGUAGCAUGGACAAGAAAGAAGAGGAUAAAGGAGGUGAAGAUGGAGAAACUAAGGGUGCAUUAGAGGAGGACACAGGGGAUGAGGAAAGAGAGGCAGUUAAUUCUACAGAUGUGGAUGAUGACCAAGAUGUUCCAUCAGAACCCCGUCCUCAGAAGCUGUCGGACUUCAGCCUCAAGGAGAAGAUUCCGCCCAUUCCGGAGGGCAGCGCUUUCUUCAUCUUCAGCCACACAAAUCCGUUCCGUGUGGGCUGCUAUCGUCUGAUCAACCACCAGAUCUUCACCAACAUUACCCUCGUCUUCAUCAUGCUUAGCUCCUUCUCGCUGGCAGCUGAGGACCCCAUUCGAAACCUCUCAGCACGGAACACUAUUCUUGGUUAUUUUGACUAUGCCUUCACAGCUAUCUUUACAGUAGAGAUCCUACUGAAGAUGACGGCCUACGGUGCGUUCCUACACAAAGGAGCAUUCUGCAGAAACUACUUCAACCUGCUGGAUUUGCUAGUUGUUGGAGUCUCUUUGGUGUCCUUUGGCAUACAGUCCUCAGCCAUCUCCGUUGUAAAGAUUCUAAGAGUACUGCGGGUGCUUCGUCCUCUUAGAGCCAUCAACAGGGCCAAAGGACUCAAACAUGUCGUGCAGUGUGUGUUUGUGGCCAUCAGAACCAUCGGCAACAUCAUGAUCGUCACCACUCUGCUACAGUUCAUGUUUGCCUGUAUUGGGGUGCAGCUCUUCAAGGGGAAGUUUUACCGCUGUACAGACGAAGCCAAGUCGAGUGAACAAGAAUGCAAGGGGACAUUCAUACUGUAUAAUAUUGGUGAUAAUGCAUUGCCCCAAGUGCGGGAGAGGAAGUGGUUAAACAGUGAAUUCAACUUUGACAACGUUCUGAAUGCUAUGAUGGCUCUUUUCACUGUGUCAACCUUUGAGGGCUGGCCAACCCUCUUAUACAAGGCUAUAGACUCAAACAGAGAAAACAUGGGGCCCAUCUACAACUACCGUAUCGAGAUCUCUAUCUUCUUCAUUAUCUACAUCAUCAUCAUCGCCUUCUUCAUGAUGAACAUCUUUGUGGGUUUCGUCAUCGUCACUUUCCAGGAGCAGGGAGAGAAGGAGUACAAGAACUGUGAGCUGGACAAAAACCAGCGUCAGUGCGUGGAGUACGCUUUGAAAGCUCGUCCAUUGCGGAGAUAUAUUCCAAAGAACCACUACCAGUAUAAGUUCUGGUAUGUGGUAAAUUCCACUGGUUUCGAAUAUGUCAUGUUCGUUCUCAUCAUCCUCAACACACUCUGUCUGGCUGUGCAGCAUCAUGGCCAGUCUCAUCGCUUUAAUUAUGCUAUGGACAUUCUCAACAUGAUGUUCACAGGAGUCUUCACAGUGGAAAUGAUUCUUAAGCUCAUCGCCUUCAAACCCAGGCACUAUUUUACCGAUGCAUGGAACACAUUUGAUGCCUUAAUUGUUGUUGGUAGCAUCGUUGACAUUGCAAUCACAGAGAUCAAUCCGACAGAAGCUCCAGUAGUGGCAGUGGAGCGAGGGAACACAGAGGAUAGUGGACGGAUUUCCAUCACAUUCUUUCGUCUGUUUCGAGUCAUGCGUUUGGUCAAGCUGCUGAGCAGAGGAGAGGGCAUUCGGACACUACUCUGGACUUUCAUCAAGUCAUUUCAGGCUCUGCCGUAUGUCGCUUUGCUGAUAGCCAUGCUCUUCUUCAUCUACGCAGUAAUUGGGAUGCAGGUGUUCGGGAAGAUUGCGAUGGUGGAUGGCACACAUAUUAAUCGCAACAACAACUUCCAGACUUUUCCACAAGCUGUACUCCUGCUGUUUAGGUGUGCUACAGGAGAGGCUUGGCAGGAGAUCAUGCUAGCAUGUAUGCCUGGUAAACUGUGUGACUCUGAAUCCGAAAUCACCCCUGGAGAGGAGAAAUCAUGUGGCAGUGGUUUUGCAAUCAUCUACUUCAUCAGCUUCUACAUGCUCUGUGCUUUUCUGAUUAUCAAUUUGUUCGUGGCUGUGAUCAUGGACAAUUUUGACUAUCUGACACGUGACUGGUCAAUCCUUGGACCGCAUCACUUGGAUGAAUUCAAGAGGAUUUGGUCUGAAUAUGACCCAGAGGCAAAAGGGAGGAUUAAACACUUGGAUGUUGUGACAUUACUGCGUAGGAUUCAGCCACCGCUGGGCUUCGGUAAACUCUGUCCCCAUAGGGUGGCAUGUAAGAGGCUGGUUGCCAUGAACAUGCCUCUAAACAGCGAUGGUACUGUCAUGUUUAAUGCCACCCUUUUUGCUCUGGUCAGAACGGCUCUGAAGAUCAAGACUGAAGGAAAUUUGGAACAGGCCAAUGAGGAACUGAGGGCUGUCAUUAAGAAGAUCUGGAAGAGAACUAGUUCAAAACUCCUGGAUCAAGUGGUACCACCUGCAGGAGAUGACGAGGUAACAGUGGGGAAGUUCUAUGCCACUUUCCUGAUACAGGACUACUUUAGGAAAUUCAAGAAACGCAAAGAGCUAGGUCUUGUAGGACGGCACCCUACCAGUCAUAACACCACCAUUGUGCUACAGGCUGGUCUGCGGACACUGCAUGACAUAGGCCCUGAGAUUCGCAGAGCCAUAUCAUGUGACCUGCAAGAUGAAGACCUGGUAGACUUUAACCCCGAUGAAGAAGACAUAUACCGGAGAAAUGGUGGCCUCUUUGGAAAUCAUGUCAAUCAUGUCAAUGGGGAUCACAGAGGCUCAUCCACCUCCACCAAUGUGACCCAGCGACCCCUCCACGUCCCACCCCUUCCCUUCUAUGUGCAAGUUGAGCCUCCUCCACAGCCCCUUUAUGCCCAAAAUCGUCCGUAUUCAAACCCCAACUUGUACUUCAAGUCCCCCAAGUCCUCGAACUCCAACCUCAACAAUGCCAAUGUGCCAUGCAUGCCUGUCCUAACCAACGGAGGGCAGUACCGCCCUCACACAGAUCGGCUCACCAGAAGUCGGGUGUCUUCCCUGGGUUCCUACCUCAACCUCAGGAGUGAUGCAGAAUCACAACGAAAGUCUCAUUUUAAGAGACCACGAUACUAUGAGACCUAUAUUAGGUCAGACUCAACAGCUGGUUUUUACCCCACCAUCUGCCGACAAGCAUCUCUCCACGGGGAUGUAAGCGACGAUGACAGAGGUUCAGUGGAGUAUUACAGCGGGGAGGAGUUUCAGGAGGAUGACCUCAUACUGGCUGGGGACAGGAGGUCAUAUAGAGAGUAUCAAGACACAGUAAGCAGUUUGGAGUCAAAUCCUCCUCAUGAGAACCAAGACCCUGAGUGUUUCUAUGAUGAUGACGAGCAGCCCAUUUGCCAGGAACCUAAGAAAUCGCCGAUGAGAAGACUUCUGCCCUCAACACCUCAGGCUCCUCAUAGACCUUCUUUCAACUUUGAGUGUCUGUGCAGACAAAGAAGCCAGGAUGAGACUCCUCAUUCUCCCUCCUUUCAUCAGCACACUGCUCUACCUCUGCAACUAAUGCAGCAUCAGGUGAUGGCUGUAGCUGGCCUAGACUCCAGCCGAGCACGACUCUCUCCUACACGCUCGAUCCAAUCAUGGUCCACACCCCCGGACACGCCCCCAUCCUACACCCCUCUCAUCCAGGUGGACUGGCAUGGAGAACCACCCAGUGCCAGCAGCACUCCAGCAUUGGCUCGCCGCAGCUCCUGGUACACCCAGAAAGGCCAUGAUUGGUCACCCAAAUCGGUCACACCCACUUCCUCCCUCUUACAGAUCCCACCUGCCUACAGCAGUCAGUAUCUGCAGCAGAGAGGCAGCGCUCAUAGUCUGGUGGAGGCAGUGUUGAUAUCGGAGGGACUGGGAAAAUAUGCAAAGGACCCAAAUUUUGUGGCAGCAGCCAAACAUGAGAUCGCAGAUGCAUGCGAGAUGACUAUUGAUGAAAUGGAAAGUGCGGCAAGCAACUUGCUAAAUGGAAGUCUUGGCAAUAGCGUGGGAUCAGAUGGUACCGGCACGCCCCAGAGCAUUAUAGGCCACAGUCUCCACAACUACAGCGAUGAGGAGACAGAGCCAAACAGUAAAUACGAGGAGGACCUCACAGACGAAAUUAUAUGCAUCUCAAAUUUAUAGCAUUUGCUAAAAAAAAAAAAAGAAAAAAAGAAAAAAAAAAGAACAAACAGAUGAAAGGAGAUAUAGUGCCUUCUAGGGGAGUGGAGACAAACAACUCUUUGGGCCGAUCAACCAAGCAAAAUACUAUCCCAUUCUACAGCUGUCACUUAACUGGGACAUGGGCUUGCUGCAGAAAAAAAAUUACAAAAAAUAAUGUGUGUGAAAGCUCCUGCUGUCCUCAUCACACACUCCUACUCCUCAGGUGACCAGUCAUGUGAAGUACUACCUACACACAUCUGCACUACCCAAGAGCUGCUAACUCCACACUGCACCUCUGCUACCUCUACCAGUCAGGCUCUAAUGUCAUGUCAGCAUGUUCCCUUAGGGACAAAAGACAUUGGGAUGGGGAGUGAAACAGUUAUUGCCCUUUUUCAGACUGUCAAACCAACUUUCACAACAGCUGCAUGAGUGUAUCAUAGUGUCAUUUACAAGCUGCUCUCUGAUUAGGCUGUCUGAAUGAACAGGGUUCAUCACAAUACUGAGUCCAACAAUAAAUUAAAGAUAGUUUGAGCCAGCUAGAAUGUUUUUAUUAGCAUAACACUAACCAGCAUCUCUUAAUCUUUCAUAAUGUACUAGAAAGAUGGACUUCUGGUGUGACCACAGAUUUGUCAGUUAUAAAUGUCACUUGGACAGCUCAAAACCUUCACAGAGGAUUAUCUAACAACUUGUAGUUAUUGUUUACAGUAUAGCAUUUUGCAAAAUUAGAAAAUUCUUGACCAUUCAAGUAAUGCCAUCCAAUCCAAUGAAAGUCUCUUAAUUAAAUAAUAGAUGCAAUUAUGGUUAAAUUAAUUGCAAACAAAUUGAAUGUGUCCUGUUAUUUGAAGCCACUUUCUAUUUCACCUCUCCUAACUGCCAGGUGCAAGAGAAUCACCUGGGCACCUUCUUGUGACUGUGCACACAUUCAAGAGACAUUCCAGGAACAUGUAUUAGCAAUAAAUAUCACUGUCAUCAGACCAUAUUUCCAUUUCUGCACUAUUUCUGUACAUUGGAAGAAAUGUACACCAUAUAGAGCAUACAGGUUUUCUGUCCUCUAAACCCUUUCUGUCGUACCACCCUUUUUUUCAUAGAACACUACAGAACCUAUUAUCUUUGAGUUGACCUUCCCUAGUUAGCAUUGCUAGCCUUAUUUUCUAUCUCUUACCAUAAGCCACUGUGUGAUGGGACUUGGUUUUCCCCCCUUAUGAUGGCUCCUUUGUUCUUUUCAGUUGGGCAGUACAACGCUUUUUUUUUUAUCCUAAGGAACAUGCUGCAAGACACUUGUGCAGCCAGUGUCUGAAUUGUUUUAAAACUGAAGACUGGUACCAGCUAUUUGCUCACUGCCUCAGUAUUAAACAUCUAAAUGACAGGGUCUGACGCCAGUUGACUGGACUUUACAGUUGAACCACCAUAUUAAACCCCAGGCUCAGUAACAUCUGAAAAUAAGUCUGGGUCAGUCCCUGCUAGCUUGCAAGAACUGGGAACAGGCAGUCACUCUUAAAUAGGUGGUGGCCCAAGUUGGAUAGGAUAGUGCUAGGCAACCUGCAGGAUCCGGUGCAAGCUUUCACACAACCCUGGUUGCAGCUAAAUUCGCUAUGCCACAGUGCAAGGUUUUAGUUGAGUUUUAAAGAGGAAUUUGGACAGAUAGCUCACCCAGCAUGCUGUGGUGUGCAUUUUAAGUAAUAUAACAGAGCCCAAGCAGGGUGGAUUGUAACCUGCUGCUGAUGCCUGUAUGCCUGCACAAAGCACUACAUACAGAUACCCACUGCUGAAUGCAGGUGCACUAAUGACAUGCAGUGCAUCACUUGUGGCAUGCACUGGCAAUAUAUUAGCUGUCUUACUGUUAGGAUCGGAGCAAUCACUUCAAUCUACAGAACUGGACACCUCAGUAAGGGAACUGAUUGACAACUCACUCCCAGGAUCUGACAUCCAGGCCAAGGUUUUGGCCCAAACUGGUUUAGGCAUGGCUUCAGGUGUAGUUAACACAGUGUAGUUGACGCAGGUGCACUAAUGACAUGCAGUGCAUCACUUGUGGCAUGCACUGGCAAUAUAUUAGCUGUCUUACUGUUAGGAUCGGAGCAAUCACUUCAAUCUACAGAACUGGACACCUCAGUAAGGGAACUGAUUGACAACUCACUCCCAGGAUGGGACAUCCAGGCCAAGAUUUUGGCCCAAACUGGUUUAGGCAUGGCUUCAGGUGUAGUUAACACAGUACUUUGCUUAACAUGCAAAUAUAUCCUGUUUAGCGGGAUUGGUCUUUGAGCAUGCAGUCCUGAGUAAGACAGCACAGGUUUCGGAAUUACAAAACCAGCUUGGUCAAAUGUCCAGUCAGCAUAUCCUGAUUCUGUAUACCAACAUCCAUGAGGGUUCCAUCAGCUUUACACAAGUCUUAGGCAGGUCAUUGUCCUCGGUCCUCAAGCAGGUGUCUGAGUGCUUCCCAUCCAUCUUGGUGGACGGACCCUAAUAAAGAGUCCACAAGGGUGGGUGGUGACAGGGAUAUUUUACAGCCAGAAACAUUGCUUAUUUGGUAGUGAGAGCACAUCAGAUCAUCCGACCAGUGUCUCAGGGGUGCAAACUUCAGUUAUCCCACUGACCACAACAUUUCCGGAACCAUGGGGCUCCAUCAAUAUCAGACCCCAAAAAAAGUUAUUGCACUAACCCAAUAUUUUCUUUCUCUCGGGAAAGAGGCAUGACCAAAAAUGUCGAUCCUGCAGUUCAAGAAAACAAGUUUUAAUCAACUUUCAUCAGCAGCAUGGUGGUUUUCAUCAAAUUGUAGAUUUGAGAAAUCUAAAUAGUUUCUUCUUCAAGGUGGUCAAAUGUAGUUAAAGCUGUGCAACUACUGUACAGGACAGGUUAUCAUUGCUGGACGUGUGAGUUGUGUAUUUUCAUGCCCCAGAACACAGGUGCUUUAUAAGGUUUGCCUUCUUAGAACAGAGGUCUUGUAUGCCGUUAAGUGGAAGCGUUUCAGUGAAUGUUAACCCUAUAGGCUGGAUCCCUUGUGUUGCCUGGAUCCUGGAACCCAGGAACCCAUUUUUGCUAAAGGUGUAUGUGGCUGCCAUCUCACCUUUAAGUCCACGCUUACGAAUCUAUGCAAGAUGCUAAACUGUACUGAGCAUCUCUGCCUUUUUGAUAAUAACCACUGCCUUUUUGCUAAUGAUCACUACAGCAAAAAAAAUGGGAGAACUGCAUGUGCUGGUGAUUAGUUCACUUUGCACACAUUGGUGGACAGAUUACUCUGGGAUUGAGUUUAAAUCUUGGAUUCCUGCUCAAGGUCAUAUCAGGCAGUGUUGUCAGUAGUCGAUUAAUUUUGCAGCAUUCCAUGAAGGCAAACCUGCAAAGCAAUCCUUGCUAUAUCUAGUAUGGUUCUAUUUAUACUGGAUGGCAGCUAUCCAAUCCUCAGACCAACUGAUCAUUUGAUAUGGAGGAAAGAUAUGAGGGGCUCGCAUGUCUAAGUAGAGACCGACCCACUAGGUAGUGGGCCCACUAGUGGCCUCAUUAUGAGUCUAAGUGUGGCUCUUGGGCAGUAUUCUUGGGAGUGCUACUCCAGGUAGUCUGUGCUGUUUCCUCCUUUCUCCAGGUUCGACAAGGUUAAUAUUAUCCCAUCAGUGAUGCAAGUGUGGCAGUCACCUUUCUUAUUAGACCUACGGUGAGUCCAAUUCCUCAUAACAUUGUAUCCUGGUGAUUCUCACAACUUCUGGCAGUUACAAGGAGGGAAUGCUAAUGAUGUAUGCAAAUAUGGUUCUAUGAAACAGGAAUAACUGCCAGAUACUAUUAUCAUUUUGCCAACAGCAAGAUCUAAGUGAGGAAGUUCCAUUGAUAAUUGGCUGUAUGACUGUGUUAUUUAUUGUAAAUGUAUUGCAAAUACUUUCAUAUGCCACUUUGUGAUUUUACAAAAACUCUCGGUAUGCAUGCACAUGUGAACAAUAAUGUUUCCAGGUGAUUCUCGCUGCACCUGUCGGUUAUCCUGGGUUCAACCACAGUUACAUAUGAAACUACCAUUAUGAAAACAGUUUCCAGUAUUUCAUAUUCAGGUUUGGCUUAUAUCGUUUUUUCGUAAUCUUUUUGCCAACCAUAAGGAUGUAAGAAAUCUGUAACAGGUACUUCUGUUUUUCUAACCCAUUUUAAAGGGUAUAAACUCCAAGGAUGUUUGCUUUUGACAAAUGAAACCUGACUUAUUGUCUGAGCCAUAGAGCUGUUUUCUCACUUUCACUCUUGCUAGAGAUAUUUAAAACUAAAAACUGCUUAUUGCACUUUUCAUGCUACUGUACACAAAGACAAUCUUUUAUAAAGCCCAUUUGAUGAAAUGUCAUGUUACAUCACAACUCUGUUGGUCCAGGUGUGGACAUAUCAUAGUUUUGUACUGCACAGCCAGUUUAUAUGCUCCAUUUGAAAAGGCCUGUUAUCUCGUGUUUGACUAAAACUCCAGGGAUGAAUUCUGUUCUAAAAUGAAUGAAAUGCUGGUAAUACUGCAUCUGUCACUCACUGCCAUGGCACACUCACUGAUUCAGUCAUGAACUGUGUUUGUAUUAUUUUUCUACAUAGUAAACACUGCAUCUGCAUCACUUGCAUAGCACGAAUGCUUGAAACCUGCACAAAGCCAAACUGCUUUGCACCAUACUUUGAAAUACUUGUUUACCAACAAGGGCUCUGAGAAACAUUUCUGGUAUCACACUCUGCAAUGUCCUCAGUGAUCUCAUUUUCAUAUUUGGAAUUUGGAAAUGUAUGCAUCAAACAGGCUAAGCAAAAAUAUGUAUUUGAUGAGAGAACACUAACUGUUUUUAAGUAAACAUGAUAAGCCAGCACUGCUGUAUAGCAGCAGGAGGUUAUAGAAAUUACACCAAACUGUAAAGCUAAAUUUAAAAUUGAACACUAUAAUUCACAUGCACUAAUUUGUAUUUCAAAUGUAUUUCCUUGCCAUUUGCUCCAUUCAUGUCAUUUUAAAUCCUUAAAAUUAGGUAUAGGGCAUUCAAGUAUACACAAGUCCUUUUGCAUUGAACAGUUUUAUUGGGAAAUUGUCAAAUUAUGUUACAAAGACAAUUUGCAAGAGGCAGUGUAAAAGUUUUAAGUUAAAAUGGUUUAUUUUCAUAUAGUGUUUUGUGUACAUGACAUCAUACCCUUUAUUCAAGAACGAUUUAUUUAAAGUAUUCCAAGAUCUGCCUGUAGCUCAUUGCCCUGAAUCACCAGUUUUGUAUUGAUGGACAAUCUGUUUUUGUACAUUAGCUUUUCUCUCUUGUUCUUGGCCUGGAUUAUUUUCUAAACAAAUAAACUGUUUAAAAAUACUCAGUGCUAUGGUAGUCAUCAAGACAUCAUGAACCAUUAGACUGGUAAACAGAAAAUAGUGUGAACAAAUUUGCAACGCCUCCAACCUGCACAUUUCAUUUCCCUGAAUGUAGCUUCUACAUGUGUUUUGUUAGGCACUGAUGCAGAAAUGUAUAAUUGCAGAAAAGUAAAUUACAGAUGUGAGUAACUCUUCUGGUGUUUAUACAGCAGCUCAGUAAUGCUUAUAUCUGUAGAAGCAAAUUCAAUUCCCUUUUUUAUAGACAUAUCACAAUUUAUAAUCCCCAAAUCCCCACUGUGUACAACAAUAUGCUUACUAAAGGUUUGUGCGAUAAGGCAUUAAUUAUGCAUUCACAUGCAAUGCUUAGUUCAUUUGAAUCAAACCCUGGGG